GAACCAGGCGGAGUGGAAAAUGGCAGAUAUAGACAGCCUUUCCUGAGCGUGAGAGUCUCCUCAUUCUAUGGGUUAGGAGUUGGUCAUUAAAGGGCUGAGGCUUAAGAGCCCAGAUCUCCCAGUUCCCUUAGUUGGCCCUUCCGGGAGCCGCCCGGUCUCUUGUGCAGGAAGGGGAAGGGGCCAAAGUGUGGGGGAAGGCGUGGCAGGAAGGAGGGUACUCUGUGGUCAGGGAACUGCUCGCUAAGCACAGCUGCACAGUGCUGUCAGAGCGGCCGAUCCCCAGCCCAAGAUGAUUCCAGCAGUGGUCUUGCUCUUACUCCUUUUGGUUGAACAAGCAGCGGCCCUGGGAGAGCCUCAGCUCUGCUACAUCCUGGAUGCCAUCCUGUUUCUCUAUGGAAUUGUCCUCACACUCCUCUACUGUCGACUGAAGAUCCAGGUGCGAAAGGCAGCUAUAGCCAGCUAUGAGAAAUCAGAUGGUGUUUACACGGGCCUGAGCACCAGAAACCAGGAGACUUACGAGACUCUGAAGCAUGAGAAACCACCACAGUAGCUUUAGAGCACAUGCGGUCGUAUUCUUCUUCGGCUUCUUGUUCUUCCAGCCCUCAUGGUUGGCAUCACAUACGCCUGCUUGCCAUUUACGCGAGCUGGCCCUACCCCUACCCCUAUAAUAAUCCUGUGCCCCCAAAUUAAUAUACACCGGUGGUUCCUC